ACUUUGAGAUCUCCAAGAAAAAGUUGGGUGGAUGUAUUUCAUGGCAAAGGCCCUCUCUCCAGUCAUCUUUUAGCGCUGGAAGCUAUGCAAUAAUGGCUAACUAGGGUUUCUCAUUUUGGCCUUUUAACAUUUCUCCAAUUAAUAAAGAAAAAACAGAUCAAAUGCUCCCUCCCACCAUGAAUUCUUCUUCUUCUUCUGUUUAUCAUCACCACAACCAGUACCCUCCCCCAUCCUUCCUCAACCACGAAGGCCAGCUCUCCGAUCUUCUCCUCGUCCCGCCUCCUGUUUCCUCGGUCGUAAGCAGUCAACACCAGGCCCUUCUUGGCACGGUGCUUUCAAGAAACGGUGAGCCGAGCUCGCUGCGGAAUAAUGUUAGCCUGCCAGAAGCAAAGAAAGACAGGCACAGCAAGAUCUUGACGGCUCAAGGGCUCCGAGACCGGAGAGUGAGGCUCUCGAUUGGGAUCGCCAGGAGGUUCUUCGAUCUGCAGGACAUGCUGGGGUUUGACAGGGCGAGCAAGACCCUUGAGUGGCUCCUCAGUAAGUCGACGGAUUCCAUCAAGAAACUAGCAAGAACCAAGCACAUAAAUAACAGCAAUCAGCAGGACAAGACCAGCCCUACUAGCAGCAGCAGCAGCGGUAGCGGUGGUUCCUCAUGUUCCGGUUUUGAGUACGAAGUGAUGCCAAAAAAGGGUAAAGUAAAGAAGGCGGCUAAGUCCAUAUCUAGUAAGAAAAGGACCAAAACCUUAAAUGUAGAUCAGUCUAGGGCAGAGCCAAGAGCUAGGGCACGGGAGAGGACCCAAGAAAAAUUCAUCAGUAACUGCCAAUUUAGGGCUUCAAGUGCCCAAUCUGAUGGUAGUGCUCAAAAUCCAUUAGAUUCACAAAGUCCGAACACCAUCCCAGCAAGUAAGAAUCAAGCAUUACCGCUUGAACUGGAAGUGGCAAAGCAAUCCGUGGCCACGAUGAGGAAGCCUAGUACUUCGGUUUUGUUUAACCACCAUAAAAAUUCAUCAGUGAUCUCCUCAUCAAAGGAUUGGAAUAGCAAUUUCAGCGUCGUGCAGGGCUUUCUUCCUGAUUUAUCCCCACAGUGGGAAGUUAAUCAUGCCAUCAAUGUGAAUCUUACUACAGAAUUUAGGUCCUCCACUGAAGAAUUGAGGUCCAAGCCAGCUUGAACACAAGCUCAGCAGCAGCCAGUUUAAUUAAAACGGUGUGCAUGAACCCUAAUUAAUUAAUAGCUCUAUUUUCUUACUUUAUUUUUCUAUUUUCUGUAACGUAUCGAGGUCUGUAUUUUGUUAGUCGAUGCUUGAACAAAUUGUCGACAAGUUGAUGCGUACUAUUAAUUAAUUAAUGAGACUCUCUAAUAUCA